AUGUUUCGAGUAAGCAACUUCGUUGUGGGUCUAGCCAACACGUUGGUGAUGUUAGUGGGCGCAUCAGCCAUUGGUUAUUCGAUUUACAUGUUCGUUCACCAAGACGUGACCGAUUGUCAAACAGCGAUUCGUGCACCACUUCUCACGACCGGUCUCGUCCUCUUCGUGGUGUCGUUACUAGGAGUGAUAGGAUCUUUCUUCAAGAAGAAUCUCGCCAUGGUCUCGUACUUGAUCAUACUCUUUGCAGGCAUUGUUGCGUUGAUGGGUUUCUCGAUAUUUCUCUUCUUUGUCACGAACAAAGGAGCCGGUCGUGUUGUCUCUGGUCGAGGCUAUAGAGAGUACCAAACCGUGGAUUUCUCGACAUGGCUUAACAGUUUUGUCGGUGGGAAGAGAUGGGUUGGUAUAAGAUCUUGUCUGGCUGAAGCUAACAUUUGUGACGAGUUGAGUGAUGGUCCUGUUAGUCUGAUCGCUGAUGAGUUUUAUCACAAAAACUUGUCUCCAAUACAGUCUGGUUGUUGUAAGCCACCGUCAGAUUGCAACUUUGAGUUCAGAAACGCGACGUUUUGGAUGCCACCAGCGAAAAACGGAACGGUUGUUGCGACGAAUAACGGUGACUGCGGUGCAUGGAGUAACGUGCAAACGGAGUUAUGUUUUAACUGCAAUGCAUGCAAAGCUGGAGUGUUGGCGAAUAUUAGAGAGAAGUGGAGGAACCUUCUUGUUUUUAACGUGUGUCUCCUUAUCCUACUCAUCACCGUCUAUUCGUGUGGUUGUUGUGCUCGUCGUAAUAAUCGUACGGCUACGAAAAGUGGUUAUGUCUGA